UUUAUUAACCUCAUACCUAUACCUGCAACAACAACAAAAAAACAUGGCAGCAUCCUACGAGAGAAAACCACUGGUGAUGGAAAUGGAACAUGAAGAAGAUUUUGAAGAAGCCAGUGGUAGUGGAUGUGGGUGUGGAUGCUUCAAGGGUUUCAACUUGAAGUGGUGGCAGAGCCAUGAAGAAGAAGGUAAACGCUUAAUUGAUCAAAACGGAGGAGGAGGAGAGGGAUGGAUGGUGGAGAAGAUGAAGAAGGUGAAAGAGGCUUCAGAAGUGAUUGCUGGACCAAAGUGGAAGAAUUUCAUUAGAAAGAUAAGUGGGCAGCAGAAGAAGAAGAGGUUCCAGUAUGAUGAACAGAGCUAUGCUCUGAAUUUUAACAGCAGGGCUGAGAGCGAAGAUGAUGAAGACAUGCCUCCCAGGUUCUCAGCUAGAUUCUCUGCUCCUUUUCCUGCUGGUCACCGCCAAAAUGGAACAUCAUGAGUUCUUGUUUUCUUAAUUACUACUGUAAAGAUGUCUGAUUGCCUAAAUUUGUUUGAUGUUUGUAAUUCUUAUGUGGUGAUUAUUUACAAAGAAUACCAUUCUUUAUAUUCUUUUA